GGAAGUGCUUGAACGGUAGUCCAUAGCAGGAGUGGUAGUAGUAGGAGUACGGUAGUAGUGGCGGCUGUUUUCCCUUAACUGAAUCGCCUUCCUUGAAGUGAACCCAUAGUGCCAUGGCUGCCUCGGGACUCCCCCCGCUGCCUCCGCAAUUCAAGCCCAUUCAACAUUUCCUGAGAACCGCGCAGGAGCUCGAGAAGCGUGAGCCUGUGGUAGCUUAUUAUUGUCGUUUGUAUGCUAUGCAGACAGGUAUGAAGAUUGAUAGUAAAAACCCAGAAUGUCGUAAAUUCUUAUGCAAACUAAUGGAUCAGCUUGAAGCUAUGAAGAAACAGCUUGGCGAUAAUGAAGCAAUUACUCAGGAAAUAGUUGGCUGUGCCCAUGUGGAGAAUUAUGCAUUGAAAAUGUUUCUUUAUGCUGAUAAUGAAGAUCGUGCUGGUCAGUUUCACAAAAAUAUGAUUAAAUCCUUUUAUACUGCAAGUCUUCUCAUAGAUGUCUUGACAGUGUUUGGAGAACUAACAGAUGAGAAUGUUCAGCACAGAAAAUAUGCGUGGAAGGCAACAUAUAUUCAUAACUGUCUAAAAAAUGGAGAGAUUCCCCAAUCUGGACCUAUUGGAAUGGAAGAACUUGGUAACAUUACUGAUAAUGUGAAUUCUCCAACACCAUCCAGCCAAGAAUCAGAACCAUCAUCUACCUUUCCAUCAAGUAAUAUUCCCACAAGCAGUGUUGUUACCCCAGAGGUACCCCAUAGCACAGGAGAAACAAGUAAUCCAAUUCAAUCCACACCUCAGAAUGUUCCCCUGGUUGAUCCUUCACUUUAUAAUGUUCAAACUGCAGGGGAAAUUCGUUUGACUCCCGAAGAUUUUGCCAGGGCCCAGAAAUACUGCAAAUUUGCUGGCAGUGCUUUGCAGUAUGAAGAUGUGAGCACUGCAGUGCAGAAUCUACAGAAAGCCCUCAAGUUACUGACGACAGGCAGAGAGAUGCCUUUGUCUGCUGGCUUCAUCACUUGUACCUAAAAAAAACUUAACAGGCAGUUACUCUUAACUCUUGUCAAGAAAAUGCAUUUGCACAAAAGCUUUGAUUCUGUGAUAAGAAUACAGCCUCUAUGUCAGUCUCAUUCGUUCUGUCAGACGAAUGAGAACUAUCUGGAGACAGAGGUUUAUAUUCAGCACACCAAUUGUGGCACUCCUUGCCCCAAAUUAUAAAAUGCUCCCAUGGCUGUGCUGUCCUUUUUACAAGAUAGGGUAGGGAAAGGAGGAAAAUGCUUUCUGAUGGCGUAUUUGUUUGGAAUUUGUUAUAAGAGAAUGUUUUGAAAUGCAACAUGCAUUUAAUUGAAAUCUCCAGACCAGGCAGGAGGGACACUGUAUAGUAAAACCAAUACAGCAAAUAAGGCAGAAAUGAUUUUUUAAUAAACAUUCUAAUUAAGUUGGGAAGGUAUACUUAGCUUUACUGUUAUUGCUGGAAAAUUACAUUGUAAUGUUUCCUGUUUUCAGUACUCAUUAAAGCAAUAUAAUUUUG